GGCGAAGUAGACAUGUUGGAUGACGGCCAAGGCAUGUGCCUGAAUGAGGCAACAGGAUUUUUGUUGCGGAUCACUUAUUUGGCUGACUUUGUCGUUUUCGGCACGGGCAUCAAUUUGUCUACGCUGGAGAAGGACAAGAACAUGGCGACUGGUGGAAUUCUCCGACAAUGCCUUCGACUCGGUUAG